AUGUCUCAACACCUGUCAUUAAAAUAUCUACUAUUACUUGCAUUUUUGCAAUUUCUCACACUCCAACUCCUCACCACACAUGCCUACAUUAUCAAUAUUGAAAGUUUUAAUCCGACUUAUUUACAAUUUUGCUUGUCGGAUGCCAAAAACUCUUCACAAGUUUUCACAAAUGUUCAAAUCAUGACUUAUGACUGGGAAACAAAUAUUGAAAAUCCAGUUUUGACAUAUUAUCCAAUGCAGAAUUAUGCUAAAAAUUGCUAUUAUUUGGGAGCUCCCACAAAUGCUCAUAUUUUCUUUCUUCCAGCUACUGUAAAGUUUUCCAUAAAUGGAAAUGAACAGGUUGAGUUGAAGAAUAUAAUUUCACAAAUGAGUGUUAUGAAAAUAGAUACUUCAACUGUUAAUCAAACUAUUUCUCAUGCAAACGAAUUGAAAAUUCCAAUUGCAAAUCAAACAUUUGCCUAUCAAACAGUUGUAACCUAUUUCACACCAAAUGCAGGAGCUUGUCAAUUGAAUCCAAUUCCAACUGAAUAUGCCACCAUGUAUGCAGCCAUUAGAGUUCAGGAUUGGUCAACUUCCAGAGUUUGUGGUCAAUGUUUACGUCUAUGCAAUGCCACUGGUCAUUCUGUUGAAGUUUUAGUUACUGACAUGUGUCCAUUUCCUAAUUUAUGUACCAGAUACAAUUGGUUAGAUAUAAGUGAUACUGCCUUUAAUUAUCUGAGUGGAGGAAACUUGGGAUGGGGAGUUCAACAAUUAACUUGGAGAUUUGUCCAAUGCACAAAAUUCAAAUCUUCAACUCCAUCACCAAAUAUGAGUUUUCUCUUUACUGAUUACUCGAGAAAUUAUGGAUUUGAAUUACAAGUGAGAAAUUUCAAUAUUGGAUUGAAAUCUGUCGAUAUUCAAAGUAAAGUUCAGGGAAAUUGGAUUUCAUUGAAUAGAACUGAGGGAAAUACUUGGUUAUACACAACUGGAAAUGUUAUUACAUGUCCAUGUAGAGUGAGAUUGACAUCCAUUUCUGGACAGGUUGUUAUUGAUGAAAAUGCAGUCAACCAAGACAUUGGAUCACUUCCUAAAAAACCAGAAUAUUUGAAUACAACUGUUCAAUUUGAUAACAUUCCAAGUGGAUAUGAAAGUUCCAAUUCAUGCAUUCCUUCAGUAUUCAAUCCAAUCACUCCAAUCACUUCUACCAAUCAACCAAGAGGUUCAAACAGUUCGAGAAUGGUAAAUGCUUCCUCAACACAUUUCAUUAAUGGAUUCAUUGCUUUAAGCUGUUUAUUAUUAUUCUUCUUUUAA